AUGUCGGUUUUUGCCAACAGCGCCCCCUUUCCAAAACGCCUAACCCACCACACAGCUUCAUCAAACGACGCAUAUGAAACCGUGCACAAGGCGGGAUCGAUGACAUCAUUUACCGAUCCCUCUUUCGGGUUAAACUUCUCCAAAGGAAGCAACGAGAAUAUCUCUACAAACUCCCCUUUCCAAAUCCUCUCCUUCACCUCUGGCUUCAAAUGGAGCGACACCAGGCCAGUCACGUCAGUCGGAGGUCCCGCCUCCAGGCACCGUUCGGAGUCUGGGAGGGUUGACCGGAGGGGCAGUGGUGCUCAGGCUGCAGCCGCAGUGCUGAGGGAUGAUCUGAUUGAAGAGUUCAGCAGCGAUGGAGACGAGAGCCCUCGGGGGGUGGUGGCUCCCAUACCUGUCACAACGCCAGCUGUGUCCAGAGGUCGGGGAAGGAGUGAGGAGGUUCGUCAACGACCACACGGGCAGGCGGCGACCGGUUCCAGCAGCAGUGAAGAGGGGGAGCUGCCGGAGGACCCCGCGGAGGAUGGACGUUAUGGGAACCUGUCGGCUGGAGGACCUUCACGGCCGCGCCGAACCGAUCCCCAAGGUUGUCUGAUUUGGAUCCUAGGACAUUCAUUUGUGUUUUGGGGGGCAAGAAGGGCGGAUGUCAAGCCUGGGGGGAGACAGCUGGGGGUGCCCAGGGAGGAAGGAAGGGUACGAUGGAUAGGGAUUAGGGGUCUCAUGUGGCAGAAGGUGUUACCCGAAGUUCACAGGGGGGCUAGCUUAGACAGGGCCCCGGACAUUUUGGUGAUACAUGCGGGGGGGAAUGAUUUGAGCGUCCGGCCGAUGCGCCAGGUGAUCAAAGACAUACAAUGGGAUAUACGCCGACUGCGGGCCUCUUUCCCUGACCUGAUCAUUGUUUGGUCAGAUAUUGUGGCUCGCAUGGCCUGGAGGGAGGCCAGGUCAUUGGAGCGUUUGGAUAAGGCCCGGAUAAAGGUGAACAGAGAAGUGGGCAGGUUUGUGGUGCAGCAAGGUGGGAUAGCGGUUCGCCAUUCAGAUUUAGAAGUUGAGACUUGGAGGUACCUGAGGGGGGACGGGGUUCAUCUCAACCCGAUCGGGAUCGAUCUUUGGGCUCUGGGAUUGGAGGAGGGCGUUAGGAGGGCUUUCCUGGUGUGGCGGCGGGCCCAAGUGUGAGGUGGUCCCACUUGUGCCGCGGUGGCGGUGGGUUCCCCUGCCGUUUGGUAGAAAUAGACGGUGGUUAGGUAAAAACGGUGGGGGGGCAUAGUUACAGGGAUGGUGUCUGCCUUGGUGGUCUGGUGUCAGUCUGGACCACCAGGGGAGAAGUGGGUGGGUCUGUGGUCAGCUAGGUCUUCGAGUCGGUAGUCGCGACUGGGGACAUGUCGUUAGCUAAGAGGGUACCACAGGCCCAAAAGAGUGAUCAGGGGUUGUCAGGGGGACUGACAACCAAGGUAUGGUUAAAAGGUUUAACAAUUGAGGAAUAGGUUAAAUAUUUAAAGUUGGGUGAUAUAUAUAUGUAUAUGAUGGUGUAUAUAUAUAUAUAUAUACAGUUUUUGUAUUUGUUAAUAAAGGCCUACCAGGCCAUUUUAAAUCCAGCAGGUGUCAGUGUGAUUAUUGGGAAAGGUUUAAUGUUAAGGGGUAUAUGCUUGUAUUGGUUGGUGCGGUAAGUUAUCCGGCUGCCCUAGUC